AGCAUAAAAUAUCCACCUCUAAUUAUUAACUCAGUUUAGCCUAGCUUCUUCUUCGGGAUCGUCGAAAAUGGACGAAAUUGAGCACAAGUACGUCCAAGCGAACGGGCUAAAGCUUCACGUUGCCGAAAUCGGAAGUGAAUCGUCGCCGGUAGUGGUGUUUCUGCACGGAUUUCCAGAAAUAUGGUACUCUUGGCGCCACCAGAUGAUUGCAGUCGCUAAAGCCGGUUUCAGAGCAAUGGCACCCGAUUACAGAGGCUACGGCUUGUCCGACCCGCCACCUCAACCCGAGAAGACCACCUUCUUGGAUCUGAUAUCUGACCUCCUUGCAAUUCUUGAUGCUCUUAACAUCUCCAAGGUUUUUCUGGUAAGCAAAGAUUUUGGUAGUGCGGUUGUUUCCAUCUUUGUCCUCCUCCAUCAGGAGAGAGUGUCAGGUUUCGUCACAUUAGGCGUGCCAUUUAGGCCUCCUCGUCUUCCCACCCAUCAUAAGCUCCUCCCUGAAGGCUUCUAUAUUUCAAGAUGGCAGGAGCCUGGACGCGCUGAAGCUGAUUUUGGUCGACUUGAUGCUAAAACAGUAGUGAGGAAUAUUUACAUAAUGUUCUCCAGAAGUGAAAUUCCAAUAGCUCAAGAAAACCAGGAGAUCAUGGACAUAGUAGAGCCAUCUACUCCUCUACCCUCUUGGUUCUCUGAGGAAGAUCUUGCAACCUAUGGAGCCCUGUACCAGAAAUCGGGAUUUCAAACUGCAUUGCAAGUUCCUUACAGGGCGUUUCUUGAUCGCAAGAAUGAACUUAAUAUACCAAUUCCGAAAGUUGAAGUUCCAGCUCUCCUAAUAAUGGGCGAGAAGGAUUAUGUUUUCAAGUUCCCAGGAAUAGAGGACUACACAAGGAACGGAGAGGUGAAAAAAUUUGUCCCCAAAUUGGACAUAAUCUACAUACCAGAAGGAACUCAUUUUGUUCAAGAGCAAUUCCCCGACCAUGUGAAUGAGCUUAUCCUCAACUUCCUCACAGGUCAUAGUUGAUCAUUUCUCCAGUAGCCCUCUCUGCUUAUGUAAACAUUCUACUAAAUAAAGGAGAAAAUAUUUCGAGUUUGAAUGAGACAUAUUGGGAUUACGAUGUAUCUUGUUUAAGCUUUUGUAUCUAAACUUCUGAGACGGAUAACAUGAACGAGAAACCACAAUCGAAAUUAUUGAAUUACAUAUAAGUACUCUAUUUUACCU